AUGCCACGGGAGCUGACGGUGGAGGAUCUUGAGGAGAGGAGGGAACACAGGGAGCCUGUCCUGCUGAGCCCGAGAAGCACGGAGGCGUGCCGCCGUCAAGGCUACUUGACUCAAGAGCUUGUCUUUAAAGACUUCGACUUCUUCGAGGAGAGAGAUCUACCCGAUGACAUCAUUGAGGUUCGCUGGCAACACUACGAGACCAGGAGGAAGGAGAAGCUGCGAGUUGUCAAGGAGGAAAGGCAGAAUCUCAUUUCCGUGGGUUGGAAACCAGAGAAGAAAGAUAGAAGCUUCAUGAACUUCUCACAUGACGAAAGCUCGACGGUCGAUAUGACUCGAUCGACAGCAGCAAACAAGGAGCAGAGGAUUCUAGAGAGUAUCAGGAUAAAACGCCAGCAAGAGCUUGAACAGCUGGUAGCACAAGAACUCAAGGCAGCAAAACUGAUGGAGGAGACCAAGAAGGAGGAGGAGCUGCAGAGGCAGAAAGAGGCCGCGAAAUUGCAGGAGGCGAAGGAAAGGCAGAAGAUAUGGGACGAGGCUCAGAGGAAAAAGGAGCUAGCAAAGGUGGAGGCAGAGAAGAUGCAGGAAGAAGAACAGAAGGAGGCAGCAGCCAGGGAGUAUCAGAAAGAGAUGGCCCGAAAGGAGGCAGAGGCAAGGCAAGAAGAAGAGCGGAAGAGGCUUGCUCGAGAACGAGAGCUAGCUGCCAUCGCCCUGCGAGAGGAGCAGAAGCAGCAACUGGAGGCAAUCUUUGCUCACCAAGAGGAGAUUCUGAACAAAAAGAAAGCUGAGAUGGAAAAACGAGAUCAAGAGCGGAAGGCAAUGCAAGAGGCAAAGCGAAUAGAAAGAAUCCUAAGGGCAGAAGAGGAGCGGCAGCGGUCGGCCCAUCGGAUAAGUUUGGCGUUAGCACAGAAGAAAGAGGCUUUGCGCCAGAAGAGGAACGCUCUGCUGAGCCGCCAGGAAAAGCUGAGGGAGAAGAAGGAGGCCUUCGAGCAGGAGCAGAGGCAGAGCAUACUUCUCCGGCAGCAGAAAGCGGAGGCUAAGAAGGCAGAGAUCGCUAGGACCAUCCAGCGAAUGGAGGACAUUGAAAACGAGAAGAAGAUGAAGACCAUACAAAAGGAAAAGAGCCAUUCAAUUCUCUCUUUGAAAGAAAAUCUCGAAAGGCUACGGCGCAUCGAGGCCUUCAAGCGGGACGAGGCGGAGGAUCGGAUCCGAGCGGAUGAUCUAAGAACGCAGCAGCUCAAGCGCUUCCGGCUGAACAUGCUUGAGCAGCGGAAGGCGUUUCAGAGGCAGAACGACAUGCAGAGAAUCGAGAUCCUGAAAUCGAUAGAAAAUAUGAGGAGCAACCCUGGCAAGGCUCUAGCAAAUGCAACGAUGAACAGUACGGCAUAA